AUGGAUAAUAUGGAGACAUUCUUUGAACGCAUGAAGAUAGAAAUGACUAAACAGACUGAAGACAUAAUUUCGAGAAUGGAUGAAAAGUUAGCCCCACUAUCACGCGAAGUCGAAGAUUUAAAGUUAGAAAACCGAGAACUGAAGAAAAAAAUUACUAUGUUAGAAAAAAACCGAAGACAUAACAAUUUAAUUUUAUAUGGACUAGAAGAAUCUGAAGAAUCUACUAUGGAACUUUUGCAAGCGACAACAAAAAAAAUUAGCACUGAUUUAAAGAUUUCUUUGGAUAUUAAAGACAUUAAUGAAAUACGUCGAAUUGGUAAAAAAUUUAACGGCAACGAUAGGGCCAGACCAGUACUUAUAUCAUUUCUCAAUUGUUGGAAAAAAGGAGAAAUAUUAAAAAAUAAGAAGAAAUUUAAAAACGCCUAUGUCUCUGAAGACUAUCCUAAGGAAGUUCAAAUUAAAAGAAAAGAAUUAAGAGAGAAAAUGCUAGAAGAAAGAAAGAAGGGGAAUUUUGCGGUGCUAGACUACGACAAAUUAGUUAUAAAAGAAAAACCACUAAAUAACGAGAAACGUAAACGAGACUUAUCAAUAACACCUGAAACUUCGCAGCAACCACGGAAACAACAGGCACCCUCUAAAAACUGCAGAGCAAACGCCUUUGAUUUGAUGAGAGAAAUAUUCCCCAAGCCGACUGGUCCUCGAGGGGAAUCAGACCACUACCCUCCACUGAAAAAUUUUCCAACUAAACACAAUGAUUACAAUACAGAAACGAAGACAAACAAUAAAAACAGUAUAAAAAUUGGAACAUACAAUGUAAGAUCCCUUUCAUCCGCCGAGAGAUAUCUCCAACUAAUUUACGCACUUGAAAAUAUAGAUUUUGAUAUACUAGGACUAUCUGAAGUGAAAAGACUUGGUUGUAAUAUAGAAGAGUAUCAAGAUUAUAUUUUAUGUUACAUUGGCGAAACGAAAGGCCUUCAUGGCGUUGGAUUUCUGCUUAAUAAAAUAUAUAAAGGAAAUAUACACAAUUUCACUGGAAUCUCCGAAAGAGUAGCUUUGUUACAGCUAAAGUUAGAACAGUUUACAAUAUCUAUAAUUCAGGCAUAUGCUCCUACGGAGACAUCCAAGGAGGAAGAAGUCCAAACAUUCUACAACGACAUGGAGAAAGCACACCUUCUUGCUGGAGAGAAUCUCAUAGUAAUGGGAGACUUUAACGCAAAAAUCGGUCAUCCUAAACCAGAAGAAAGACUGUGCAUGGGAAGAUAUGGCUAUGGGCAACGCAAUAAAAGGGGACAACAACUAAUAGAUUAUGCCAUUGAACACCAACUAUUCAUCAUGAACACAUUCUUCAAGAAAAAAGCAAAGAGAAAAUGGACAUGGAUGGCCCCUAAUCAAAAAGUUAAAAAUGAAAUCGAUUUUAUUAUGACCAACCAACCCCAUACGAUCAGCAAUAUCGAAGUUCUCAAUCAAGUCAGCUUCUCUUCUGACCACAGAUUAUUAAGGGCAACAAUUACCAUAAAAUUUCCAAAUAUAUUACGAUUUAUUGGAGAAACACAUAAAAAGCAGCUUGUACAGUAA